UGAAGAAGAAAGUUUGGCGCGUUCCCGCUGCAGUGUGUGCGUGCUGGCGCAAAGCGCGGCCUCCCGCUCUGUGCUCGUCCUCAGCAACAACAACAACAACAACCGGACAAAGUGUUCACCGGCUCCCGGUGAGGAACUCGCUCUCCCCGGGCCAGAGUGACGAUGGCAGAGACGGUGAAGUACGUGGACGACGAACACAAGAGCAUCUUCCUGAAGCUGCUGAACGAGCAGCGACUGGAGGGAGAGCACUGUGACAUCGCCGUCGUGGUCGAAGACGUCAAGUUCAGAGCUCACCGCUGCGUCCUCGCCGCCUGCUCCAACUACUUCAAGAAACUCUUCAAGAAGCACGAGGUUGACAACUCUUCUGUGAUUGAGAUCGACUUCAUCCGCUCCGACAUCUUUGAGGAGGUGUUGAACUACAUGUACACAGCGAAGAUCUCCGUCAAGAAGAGAGACGUCAACCUGAUGAUGUCGUCGGGACAGAUCCUCGGCAUCCGCUUCCUCGACAAACUCUGCUCCCAGAAACGAGACAUGUCCACCGAGGACAAAGAGAAGUUUCCCUAUGACAUCGUGAAGAUGGCGCUGCCGCCUGAAGCUCAGCUGGCUGCUGAUUCUGAGGUUCUCGGCGAGCACGAGGACACGCCCACCGCAGACGACCUGGUGGAGGCGACGGCCAAUCAGGAGCUGGAUAAGUCUCCCAGUGCGGCGCUGCGAGUCCAGGAAGCCAUCCUGAAAGAACUGACCAAUGAGGACGUGCACAAGGUGAGCUGCUACGACCAGGACGUGGUGACGGAGAUGGAGGCGGAGCCUAAAGAGCUGGGGGCGGAGCAUCACGCCACCCAGACUCUGGCGUUUGCCGACAGCAUGGGGGAGGUGAAGGACGAACAGCCGCCUGGUUGGUCGACGGCGACGACCGACAUGAAGUUUGAAUACCUGCUGUACGGACACCGGGAGCAGCUGGCGUGUCAGGUGUGUGGGAAGACCUUCCUGGACGAGAGCAGACUCAGGAAACACGAGAAGCUUCAUUCAGCCGAGCGUCCGUUUGCCUGCGAGAUCUGCACCAAGGCUUUCACCACUCACGCUCACCUGAAAGAACACCUGAAGAUCCACACGGGCUUCAAACCCUACAGGUGUGAGGUUUGUGGGAAGUCGUUCAUCCGAGCUCCAGAUCUGAAAAAGCACGAACGGGUUCACAGCAACGAAAGACCGUUUGCCUGCCAGAUGUGUGACAAGGCGUUCAAACACAAGUCUCACCUGAAGGAUCAUGAGAGGAGACACAGAGGAGAGAAACCAUUCGUCUGUCCGUCCUGCACCAAGGCCUUCGCCAAGGCAUCAGAUCUAAAGCGUCACGAGAACAACAUGCACAGUGAGAGGAAGCAGCUGAGUUCACUGCAGAGCGACACGGAGACACUGCAGGCCGCCGCCAUGGCAGCCGAGGAGCAACAUCUGGACGCCAUCAGCUGCUCCUAACAUCUGGACGCCAUUAGCUGCUCCUAACAUCUGGACGCCACCAUUAGCUGCCCCUAACAUCUGGAUGUCACCAGCUGCUCCUAACAUCUGGACGCCAUUAGCUGCUCCUAACAUCUGGACGCCAUUAGCUGCCCCUAACAUCUGGAUGUCACCAGCUGCCCCUAACAUCUGGGCUCCAUCAAAGGCUCCUAAUGUGUGGAUGCCACCAUGGCUGCGCCCAACAUCUGGACGCCGGCAUUAGCUGCCCCUAACACCUGGAUGCAGUCGGCUGCUCCUAAUGUCUGGAUGUCACCAUGGCUGCUCCCAACGUCUGGGCACCACCAUUAGCUGAACCUAACAUUUGGACGCCAUCAGCUGCCCCUAACAUCUGGACCAUCUGGACAUCGCCAGCUGCCCCUAACAUCUGGGUGCCAUCAACUGCUCCAAACAUCUGGACACCAUCAGCUGCCCCUAACACCUGAACCAUCUGGACGUCACCAGCUGCCCCUAACAUCUGGGUGCCAUCAACUACUCCAAACAUCUGGAUGCCACCAUGGCUGCUUCCAACAUCUGGAUGCCGCCAUCAGCUGCCCCUAACAUCUGGUAAUGUCAUUUUGUGGAGGUAGCUUCUCCGAUCCAGUGACUGCGAACUGACCUCAGUGGUCAUGUGAUGAACACGUUAAAAAUGGCCGACCUGGCUUGUGUCAUGUAUUGAUUUUCAUCCUGAACCAGACUCUGUUCAGAAAACUGUGGAUUUAAAACUUGUAAAUAAAACUGUUCAGUUUCAUGAGCAGAGCCGGCGUGUUCUACAGCACACGUAUGUUUCCCCCGAACCACAGGAAUAAACACAUUCUGUUUUUAAUACA